UAUUUCGGUAAACUAUACAUGUCCCAGACGUUUGUAGCAUUUGAGGCGCUAGAAAAACGAGUGCCACCUCAGCAGCACCAGUCUGUGUGUUUGUUUGCCUUACCACUUUACACUAUAAGAAGGUUUGAACGAAUCAACGAACGUUCAUAUAUAUCAGCAAUUUCUCUCACAACAUGGCAUGGAAUGGAGCAUACGUUUGAAUUUAGAGCUCACAAAACUACAUGCGAGAACUUUUGUGAUGCUUUAAAGGGCAAUCUUAAUGAGCAGAUACCAUCUAUAAAAGCGCUCAAGCAUUUCAUAGCCGAUUAUGAAUCCGAACAUAUCCUGCGAGUUAAAACCAUCGAAGAUUUCUCUUCUGUACUCCCAACCACUCAUGGUUUAGGGCUAAAGUUUGGGUACCCAGAUGAGGUUGAUACAUCGAUGGAUAUAUUAAAAAUCAGGCAAUGGAGAGACUAUUUUUCAGCAUAUGGGCGUAAUCUCACAAUGUUGCAGAUACCAAAGCUCAGUGAGCUAGUUAGAAGUGGCCUUCCGAAUAUCUUGCGAGGAGAGAUUUGGGAAGUCAGUUCGGGAGCAAUCUAUAGACGCUUCGACAACAAAGAGGAAUACAAAGACAUUCUAAAAAUGCAUAAGGACCGUACAUCUCUUUCAACUCAUGAGAUUGAAAAAGAUUUGCAUAGAUCACUCCCUGAAUAUGUAGCUUAUCAAACACCUGAUGGCAUUGACAGACUGCGUCGAGUUCUAAUUGCAUAUUCAUGGAAGCAUCCUGAAUUGGGUUAUUGUCAAGCAAUGAAUAUUGUGGUAGCUGCCAUGCUGAUUUACAUGAGUGAAGAGAGUGCAUUCUGGGCACUAGAAAUAUUGGUAGAGGGGAUGCUUCCUGGGUAUUAUAGUACAUCUAUGUAUGGUGCUGUGUUGGAUCAAAUUGUCCUUGAAGAGUUUGUAGAGCAAACUAUGCCCGAGUUGAAAUUACACUUGAAAAAGAUUGAUAUACAACUAUCAGUAGCGUCACUUCCUUGGUUCCUUACUCUUUAUAUCAACUCAAUGCCUUUGCAUUACGCUUCUCAUGUAUUGGAUUGUCUAUUUUUGGAUGGUCCCAAGGUUCUCUUCAAGAUAGGUCUUGCCAUUCUCAAGACUAAUGAAGAAGCAAUUAUGGCAGCUGAGGACGAUGCUGAACUAUUGACUAUUAUCAAAAAGUACUUUGCUACACUUAAUACAGCAGCAAGUGAUGACAUAGAUUCUGGUAAAGAUAAAAACAAAAGAAUAUCGAAAUUCAGACAGCUCAUGAAGAUCGCCUACGAAAAUUUUUCGGUUGUAACAAAUGAAACCAUUAUUGAACUUCGCAGAAAGAAUCAACUAAAGAUUGUCGGCGGCAUCGAAUCAUUUACCAAACGGUCCACUAUGCGAAAACUGAAAGAUACAGCUCAGUUUAACAAGGAAGAAAUAUCAAUUAUUUAUGAUCAUUUCUUUGGUGCAAUCUACUAUGCAAGAGACAAUGAGAAUACAGGUGGAAAUACAAUGGAUCGAGAUACUUUUCGUAAAAUGUUGAAAAGCAUGGCUAGCUGGGAAGGUCCCGAGAUCAACGAUGACUCUCCACAAGCAGAUUUUGUACGUGCCACAGGGAAAAGUUUCGUCAACAGAUUGUACGAUUGUUUCCAAAAAGAUAAAACAAAGGGACUUAAUUUUCAAGAUGUCGUUACUGGACUGGGUGCUAUCAUGCAUGGGGAUUUUAUGUCUCAUGUAGACUUCUUCUUUGAUAUGUACGACCAUGACAAGGAUAGCAUAUUAGUAAACUCUGAUAUUGCCAGCAUGGGUUGUGAGAUAUUUUGGCUUUUGAUACAGCUCGGAACCGUGAAAGAACUCGCGUGGGAAGCUGUUGACAAUCUGUUUUUGCUUAGUUUGGAACAGACUUCCGCCGAUGCGUUCAGUGAAGACACGGUAUUAGAAUGGAAGUCAAAGUUUCAGAUCGCAGAAGGCGCCUUCUCUAUAAUGGAAGACCAAAACAUCACACAUCUCACCGAUGCAUUCCUGGCUGAAAGUACACCUCUAAUUGAACUCCCUCUCCCAAUAUUCCGUAUGGUAGCCUUAACCAACGUGUGCCUUGAAGCGUUCUUCCAAUCAGGUUUCUCUACGAGUAUCAAGCUGGAAAAGGUUGCGAGCGAGAGACAAAAGAGCCUGGGUAAAGAACUCUUUGAAACUCUGUUUGCUGAAGGCAAGAAACUUGCAAACAACAUGGCCCAAGCACAUAAUCACAGACCAUCCAUAUCCAUCCAAAAACCUGAUUCUCAAAACAAUACCCCCGAGCCAGUGGAAGACUUCUUUUAAAUAGCACGUUAUAUAUUUUUUUAUUUUUGUUUUUUUAUGUGUUUUUGUUUUCUUCUGUUUGGUUUGAAUUCAUACAUACAAGGAAAUAAGUAAAGAAAGUCUAAUUACUGGUGUCUACAAUAACAAAUGUGCUUCGUUUUGUGUGUGAUUUUGGUUCGGCGGCGGCGGCUCUGCUAGCAGAUUGGAAAGCAAACUCACUUUCCUCUCUUGCGAUUGCCUGAUUUUCAAGCUCUUUGAAAACCUCGCGGUUCAACGCCUUGGCAGCAUCUUCUGGUGCAAAGACAGCAUCCUCCUCCAGAGUCUUAAACUUGGGUUUGCCAACGUUGGGGAAUACAUCAACCAAAGGCUCGUUAAUAGAAACCUGGGCUAAAUCUGCGCCCAUGAGUUGUUCCAUACUCUUUGCAAACUUCUUUUGCAGAGCAAUUCCAUUAGCUGUCAUUUCUUUCUCGGCGUUUUUGAGUUUGAGCACAGCGUCUACGCGCUUCAAUGAAAGUCCAAACUUGGUGGCAAGCUUACGAAUGGUCCAGUUUUCGGGAUCGGAUACAUAGACAUCGUAAAUCUCUUGACGACGUGCAUCAGUGAGAGGAGGUCUAGGUUGGAAAAGAGGGUUGUUGGGGAAAGGCGUCGGGCCCAAAUAAUUGGUGGUUCCAAGCGAGGGGCGAGAGAAUCUUGCGCCCUGACCACGAACCCAGUCAUGGAAUCGUCGUCUUCUACGGGAGGUCUUCAAGGGCUCUUCUUCGAUAGCUGGGGCAGCUUCAGACUCUGAGGAAUCUUCAGUAGCUUUUGUUGGUUCAUCGUUGAAGCAUUGGGCUGUGUUGGAGAAAAGUCUUUGGCUGGCCCAGGCUGCGCCAGUGCGUGCUGUCAGGGGAGUGGUGAUGCCCUGGACGAGGCUGGUUGCGGAACGAAGCAUUCGAGAGGUC